AUGACAAAGUUCUACCAGUACAUCUUGGCCUUGGUGUUUGCAAUUAACGAGAUCAAUGAGAAUCCCGAGAUCUUGCCCAAUGUCACUCUCGGGUUCCAGAUCUAUGACAGCUUAUUUGAUGGAAUGAUGACCUACCGUACCAGCCUGGAUCUACUCUUCAAAUCACAGAAGAUGGUGCCCAACUACAAAUGUGGCUUCCACAAAAAUCUUAUAGGAGUCAUUGGUGGACUGAGUCUUGAUAUCUCUUCAAGCAUGGCACAUGUAUUGGGUCUUUACAAGAUUCCACAGAUUUCUUAUGGCUCAUUUGAAACAGCAGUGAGUGAUGAAUCCCAUUUCCCGUCCUUUUACCGCAUGGUCCCCAAUGAAGCCCUUCAGUACCAGGGAAUUGUUGAACUGCUUCAGCAUUUUGAGUGGAAAUGGGUCGGGCUCAUUACGCUGGAUGAUGUAGGUGGAGAAUACUUCUUGCAGACCAUAGAACCAAUGUUUUCUCAGAAUGGAAUAUGUUCAGAAUUCACAGAAAAAUUCCGAGCAAAUUGGCAGUUCUUUGAUGUGGCUGACAUGCUCAAUGUUGCAAUGAGUCAUCUUCCCAUUUUCAUGGAGACAAAAGCCACUGCAGUUAUUAUAUAUGGAGAAAGUACAACCAUUCUAUGGUUGGCUGCUAUUAUACUGAUAAUAACAGUUUUUCCUAUAACAGAGCAUGAGUAUGAAGGGACAACCUCUUCAAGAAGAGUGUGGAUUACUAUAGCCCAAAUUGAUUUCACCUUACAUAGCCUUCAAAAGGCUUUUGAUAUGCAAAUGUUCCAUGGUGCAAUUUCCUUCACAAUUCAUUCCAAAGAGGUUCCAGGCUUCCAAAAUUUUCUUCAAAUUAUCACACCUUCUGGGUCAAAAGCAGAUGGUUUUAUCAAAGAUUUCUGGGAGCAAGCUUUUGAGUGUGAAAUACCAAAUUCUGAUGCAAGAAGAGAAAACAAUGAAACAUGUACUGGGCAGGAAUCGCUGCAAAGCCUCACUUCACCUUUCUUUGAAAUGAGCAUGACGGGGCACAGUUACAAUAUCUACAAUGCUGUCUAUGCUGUGGCACAUGCCUUACACACCACAUACAUAUCUCUGUCCAACCACAGACCAAUGGAGGGAGGGAUGAAGCAGGAACCUCAGAAUAUUGGAUCCUGGCAGCUCCACUCCUUGAUUCAAAGGAUCUCAUUCAACAACAGCGCUGGAGAUGAAAUUAUGUUUAAUGAACGUGGGAAAGUAGCAGGUAGAUUUGAUGUGACAAACCUGAUCACUUUCCCAAAUAACUCCUAUAUCAGGGUGAAAGUGGGAAGGCUGGAUCCUCACGCUCCUCCAGGGGAAGUAUUGACCAUAGCUAAAGACAAAAUCAACUGGCACAGAACCAUGACUCAGGUGCCACCUCUUUCUCUCUGUAAUGACAACUGCCAACCUGGUUACAGCAAGAAAAAGAAAGAGGGGGUGAAAUUUUGCUGCUAUGAUUGUGCUCCAUGUCCAGAUGGGAUGUUCUCAAAAGAACAGGACAUGGAAACUUGUGUCAAUUGUCCAGAGGGUCACUAUCCAAACAAAUUCCAGGACAGAUGCAUUCCUAAGAUUCCAAAUUUCCUAGCUUUUGAAGAAACGUUAGCCAUCAUUUCCAUUUCUUCAGGACUUCUAUUGUCUCUGAUCACAGCUCUGGUGCUUGGCAUCUUCAUUAGGCAACGGGACACUGCCAUGGUCAAAGCAAACAAUCGAAGCCUCACCUACAUUCUCCUCAUUUCCCUCCUCUUGUGUUUCCUCUGUUCCUUCCUGUUCUUCGGAAAGCCUAAGAAGGGGACCUGCCUUCUUCGACAAACUGCUUUUGGCAUUGUCUUCUCUGUGUCGCUCUCAACCAUCUUGGCAAAAACUGUGUCUGUGGUUUUGGCAUUCAUGGCUACAAAACCAGGAUCAUGGAUGAGGAAGUGGGUGGGGAAAAAAUUGGCAUAUGCCAUUGUCCUCUCCUGCUCAAGUAUUCAAUCCAGCAUUUGUGCUCUGUGGCUGGCAAUGUCUCCUCCAUUCCCAGAUGUUGACAUGACCUCAAUGACAGAAGAAAUUGUACUACUAUGUAAUGAAGGGUCCAUCCUCAUGUUCUGUUGUGUUUUGGGCUACAUGGGUCUCCUGGCCACUGUCAGCUUCACUGUGGCCUUCGUGGCCAGGAAGUUGCCUGAUAGUUUUAAUGAAGCCAAGUUCAUCACCUUCAGCAUGUUAGUUUUUUGCAGUGUGUGGGUGUCCUUUGUUCCAACUUACCUCAGUACAAGAGGAAAGUACAUGGUGGCUGUGGAGAUCUUCUCCAUCUUGGCCUCUAGUGCUGGGUUACUCAGCUGCAUCUUUUUCCCCAAAUGCUACAUAAUUGUGGUGAGACCUGAGUUGAACAACAGAGAGCAGCUAAUGCGAAGAAAGAUCGUGUUGACAAAGUUCUACCAGCACAUCUUGGCCUUGGUGUUUGCCAUUAAUGAGAUCAAUGAGAAUCCUGAGAUCUUGCCCAAUGUCACUCUCGGAUUCCAGAUCUAUGAGAGCUUUCAUGAUGCAAUGAUGACCUACCGUGCCAGCCUGGAUCUACUCUUCAAAUCACAGAAGAUGAUGCCCAACUACAAAUGUGGCUUCCACGAAAAUCUUAUAGGAGUCAUUGGUGGACUGAGUGCUGAUAUCUCUUCAAGCAUGGCACAUGUCUUGGGUCUUUACAAGAUUCCACAGGUAGGAUCUCGGGAUGUGGUCUUUCCCACACCCUUCUUCAUACAGCAGCCAAUGUAG